UCCUCCUGUCAGAAACACACAUCUACCCCUGACACAUGGCUAACAGUGGGAGACGGAAGGGGCGAGAAAGAGUUGGGGAGUGACAUAUACGCUGAAGACGGCAGAAAGAGGCAGUCGGCCAUCUGUGGUCGGUCCCCCGCUACUCUGCAGCUGUGUUGGAGUGAGUAAACCGUUCUGGGCUCCAUCAGGACUCUGGAAACAACAGACUGAGAUAGAGGGGUUUUCCGACAGCUAUUGCUCAGGCGAUGAGCCUACGCUGGGGCAAUGCUAAGACCUCGUUGGCCAUGGAUUAGGCCCCCGGGGCUUCUUCUUUGGAAGGACGGGUGACACCCCAGCUGGAUUUCUGCUGUAGCCAAGUUCCAUGACUAUCAUUAGUGGCUAAUGAACUGCUGCUAGAGAGGAAACACAGAAGGACCCUGUGGAGAGAGAAGGAACCUUACAUCUGUUAUUAAGCGGCCCAGAGAUCACUAAAAAGGACUUCCUUUCCUCUGCAUGAGAAUAGAACUCUUUAAAGUUUAAAGCAUUACGAUAGGGUAUCUGCCUUGGAAGUCAUUUUUGCAGACUAACUGGUUUUUAUUUUUUAUUUUUUUACUUGAUUAUUGGAGGUAUUGGAUAAUUGCCACCAUGAUACUGAAUGAAAUCUUUUCAACUUUUCAACUUCCUUUUUUUCACUUGACUGAAGGAGUUUCAACAAAACAUUAACAUCACAAAGGAUUUUUUUGCUUGAGCUUGACUGUUUUUUUUAUACAUUUAGAUUUUUUUUCUACCUUUCUAUGCCCUGAAAGAAAUAGAUCACCAUGGCAGCAGCAUAUCGUGUAGUGGUGAGCAGCGUGAGCUGCUACAACAGUGUGGUAGUAGACCGGCGCACUCACUCCCAUGCAGUGCACUACUGCUCUGGUCCAUGUGGGGCGCUGUCCCAGGGUCUAGACUGUACUGUCGCACACCGCGGCACGUGCUCCGAGCUGCUUGUUGCACCUGACCCUCCAUACACUGAUCCAAACAGCAUACAAAUACACUCUCACAACAUGAUCACCCACCAUGGUAAAAUUAGUGUUACCAUGGAUACAAGCUAUAAUGGUGGUCUAGAGAGAGCAGGAAGCAGUGGCAAUUUGUCUGUAGGGGAGGAUAGCCCAACGUGGCGCGGUAAAAAGAAUCCUUGUCUUGUAGGAUCCACAGGAAACUUGAGCUCCUCUGGCAGUCUGAAGGACAUUACGGAAGAGGCCAUUAACCUUGCAAGUGGUAAAACCAAAGAGUUUUCCUUUGACAAGCUUCGCCUCUCCUCUUCAAGCCAUGUCACCUUCCGGAAAGGUCGAAAGGUCCGUCCUGACUCUUUCAGCCGUCGCUCGACUGACCUGGAGAUCAUCUAUGGCCACUUCAGCUCAAACAUUGCUACAAAUGGAAUGACUAAUGGCAUGACAAAUGGCACGGUAACUUCUAAUGAUGAGAACCUGCCACCAUUUGUGCCAGGGAAAACAACAGAAGAGACAAAACUGAAAAGCAGUACAAGCACUUUGUCAGCCAUCACCAAAAUCGGGGGUGGGUCGACAAGCAGCAUGACCAGUAUUGGUUCUUUGGACCAAAGCCUGAACACUGUGGCCUCCUUGUACCGCAAUGCCUUUGGUGAGGAGAAUCUCAUUGCUCGUCUGCUGGAGAAGACUCGUGCAGAGGCAGGCACUGGGGGAGCAGGCGGUGAGGACAUUCGUGCCUGCCUUGACAUCCUGCUUAAAUGUUCUGAAGACCUAAAGAAAUGCACCGACAUCAUAAAACAAUGCAUCAAACGCAAAGCUGGUGGAGGGCCAGAGGAUGGCGGAGACAGUCCUGACAGUGUUUACCGAGCUGUGAUGACCCGACUUAGCUCCUAUUUGAAGAGACUACCUCUGGAGAUAGAGGGAAUUGGCAGUUUGGGUAGCACUGGGCAGGGAGGUCAGAGCUUGCCUGGGAGUGGGCACAGUGAUCUGGCAGAGCUGAUCAGUACCCUCCACUCCAUCCAGCAAGGACCAUACUCUCCAAUGUUCGGCAAUGAGCAACCUCCUCGCUAUGAGGAUGUGGUCCAGUCACCUCCAAGUCCAAAGACUGUUCCUCAUUCUGCCUCUUUUACUCCCUCCUCAUCAUCUUUGAAAUCAGACUCCAUCCAAACCAAACCAGUCCUGAGUUCCCCGUCCAGAGCCAGUCCACUUACCAAUGGACUACAACAUUCACAUUCUUCGUCUAUUACACAACAUACACUCUCUCCUCCAUCCAUUACAUGCACUCCAUCCAGCAUCUCUCCAACACACACCCCAUCGCCUCUGCGAACCUCCCCAACACCACCGUACUCACAGACUCCCCCGGCGUCCCCCAUGGAAGCUCUUUACAUUGAGGAGGAGGAAGCAGACGUUGACAAGUCAACAGAGCAGAUCUUUCAUCAGGCACACAAUCCAACAAGAGGGACGAACACAAAUGGGCAAACUUUGGGUCAACACAUGAACCUGUCCCAUCCACAAACACUCAAUAACACUUUAAAUACUUUGCCUGCCAGCACUGGCUAUAGCUCCCCUUGGUCCUCCUCACAAUCAUUAACAAUCUCAGCACCCAAAGGUGUCUCUCACAGGAAUGAUGACAUUGACAAGCUGCUGAUGGACUUGGAAAACCUGUCACAGAGUAUGAGCCACCCCAGAAAAUCUGAGCCUCCUCUUCCAGCUAAAACCAGGAAGAGGGAAGGAGGUCAGGGAAUGACUUCAGGUGAGGCCUUCACUCAUCCCAAAAUGUCCCAGUUCCAAGUACAGAAGCAGGACAGUCACCUAACCAUGAACGGCCCUAGCUCCAGGACUCCCCAGAUCCUCGCUCCUACCCAGGGUGAGAGCAGUGACGCUGUGGUGGGUGAAGAGGAGGAUGGGGCUCUGCUAAUGAGGAUCCUGGAGAGUAUUGAGAGUUUCGCCCAGGAGCUGGUGGAUUCUGGGGCGGGGAGCACAGGGAGUGCUGAGAGGAACAGUGGGAAGGAACAUAUGAUGAGGCUUUUGCAGGAUACACUGGCCACAACUGACAGGCCUGACACCCCUCUGGAGAGUACAAGCACACUAGCUGCUCCUAUGGCGCCUUCAAUGCACACAAAUACAGUCCCAGCUAUACCACCAAAACAGUGUCAGGCAAACACACCUGCAGUUUCAUUUGCAUCGACACAUGUAAGUGCAGCAUCUAAAGAUGUGUGUGAUGUAACAUUAGGACCUGUACUUAAAACUACAUCUGAUGUUACCCCUAAACUUCUGCCUGCACCCAAACCUGAGCCUACACCUGAGGCUGCAGAUAGACUUACAGAAGCCUCUGCGAGUGGCCCUGAUCCAGAAUUCAUACCUGCACCUGUAAGCUUGCAUUCCUCCACGUAUCCAACUGAACUCACACCCGUGGCUGCACCUGAAGCUCCAGCCCCCGUCGCCAACCAUGUGGUGGUCGGCGCAAGAGACGCUGCCGCUGAAGAUCCGGCUGCCGGGAGAGAAGUUGGUUCAACCCUCCUCAUCCAACAGACGCCAGAGGUGAUCAGAGUUCAGUCCAAACCGGAGAAGAAACCGGGCACACCUCCACCCGCCCCCGCUCUGCCCACAGCCACACCUGCCCCGCGCUCACCCAGCCCUCCCCCGGCUCCGGUGAUUGUCACCCCUCCUCCUCCUCCUCCUCCUCCUACUCCUCCUCCUCCACCUCCUCCACCUCCUCCUCCUCCAGCCAUCAACAUUCCCAGGUUCUACUACCCCCGCGGGCUCCCUUCCAUGGGCCCGGGCGCCAACCAUGAAGUGGCCAUCACUGCCAUCGAGACGGCCUUCACGGAGUUUGAGGAAGAGAAGGCGGACAUUUAUGAGAUGGGAAAGAUUGCGAAGGCGUGCGGGUGUCCACUUUACUGGAAGGCCCCCAUGUUCUACUCAGCAGGCGGCGAGAGGACGGGCUUCGUCUCCGUUCACUCCUUCAUCGCAACCUGGAGGAAGUUGUUGCACAGCUGCCAUGAUGAUGCGUCAAGGUUUAUUUCCCUGCUAGCCAAACCGGGCUGUAACUACCUGGAGCAGGAGGACAUGAUUCCUCUACUGCAGGACAUUGUGGAUACACACGCUGGACUCACCUUUCUGAAGGAUGCACCUGAAUUUCAUUCCCGCUACAUAACAACGGUAAUCCAACGGAUAUUCUACGUGGUGAACCGCUCGUGGACGGGCCGCAUCACCAUGAUGGAGCUGCGCAGGAGCAACUUCUUACAGACCCUGGCCCUGCUGGAGGAAGAGGACGACAUCAAUCAGAUCACCGACUACUUCUCCUACGAACACUUUUAUGUCAUCUACUGCAAGUUCUGGGAGCUGGACAGCGACCACGACCUCUACAUCGACCCCAAGGACCUGGGGAGAUACAACGAUCAUGCGUCCUCAAACAGAAUCAUCGAACGAUUGUUUUCGGGCGCGGUGACUCGGGGUAACGCUGUGCAGAGAGAAGGCAGGAUGAGCUACGCUGAGUUCGUCUGGUUCCUCAUUUCGGAAGAAGACAAGAAAAAUCCCACCAGUAUAGAGUACUGGUUCCGCUGCAUGGACACAGAUGGCGAUGGGGUCCUGUCCAUGUUUGAGUUGGAGUAUUUCUAUGAAGAGCAGUGCGAGAGGAUGGAGAGGAUGGGCAUCGAACCUCUGCCCUUCCAGGAUCUGCUCUGCCAGAUGCUCGACCUGGUCAAACCUGAGAACCAAGGUAAGAUAACCCUUGGUGACUUGAAGCGCUGCCGGAUGGCCCACAUUUUCUUUGAUACUUUCUUCAACCUGGAGAAGUACCUGGACCAUGAACAGAGAGACCCAUUUGCUGUGCAAAAGGAUAUUGACAGUGAAGGUCCAGAGCCGUCUGAUUGGGAUAAAUAUGCCUCUGAAGAGUAUGAGAUACUGGUGGCAGAGGAGACUGCAAAUGAACAGCUACAUGAGGGGUCAUUCGAUGAUGACUAUGAAUCGGAGGAGCUGCAGGUCCCCGGAGAGAUCGGGAAUAAAAUGGACAAACUGGUUAUAUCUGACCUGACGGCAUGAAACUUCUGGGGAUUUACAAUCUGAGGAACAAACAGGAUUAAAGGGAGAAGAAGAUCUCGUUGGAUGGAUGCAUCAUAAAUACGUGGAUGUAAAGACAAAUAGUGGAAAGCAUUUUUUUUUCCUCUGAUGCCUCAUCAAAAUGGACUCAACUGUUUUUUUUUAUGUGUGUGACCCUUAACCAGAAUUGUCCUGGGUCUGGUGCAAUAAUAAAUCUGUUAUCAAACAGAAAAAAAGUCACUGCCUCCAGCUCACAAAGUCAACAUAGGGGAAAGCAGUGUAUGAUUAAACAAAUGUAAAUGUUAUUUUAAUUGUAAAUUCUCUACAGACAAUCCUGCCAGAAGACAAUCACUUUUUUUUUCACUGUGCUAAAGGUAGAAAGACAGGUAGACUGUCGGCUCCACUAAUGAACUCAAAGUUGUAAACAUAUAAUAGUAUAUAAUGAUAGUUAUAGGCACUGCCAACAAUCAGCUGCUCACUAUGAUGUUACAUACAAACAGACACUGCCGUCACAAACCGGCUGCCUGUGCAGCUCAUCACUGUGUUCUUUGUAAAGGAAGUUCAUUUCACCUUUAACAUGUUUGUAACAGCGCCUCUAUGUGGCCAGACUCUGCUACUGCACAUGCACAGUGCAGUGCGGCAGGCCAACUUUUUUCAAAAAGGACUUUCCUUCACGGUCUGAGCUUAUCUAGUAUUAGUGCAGAAUUAUUAGCGCUCUAGUAAUGGAGUCCAUUUUCUCUCAUUUGUACAAAAAAAAACAGUCCUUCAUUACAUUAACUUAAACUUACCAGCCGUUCUCUACACUUCUUUUUUAUUAAGGUCAAACAUAUCAAACUCUCUGGGAGAGUUGGUCACACAUUUCCACUUGUAACAUUUGUAAUAACGAAGACACGAAGAAGUGUGUGUAAUGCAAUCAUUUAAAAACAUCCCUCUGUAUUAUUUUUUGUAUAUGUUCUUUACCUGGUUAUUGCUUUGAUCUGAUCAUGUUGAUUAUGCCAAAAUAUGUUAUUUUACUGCAUAUAAAUCUCAUUGACUGUUUAUUUAUAAAAAUGUGUUGAAGCUAAUUUUCCCUUUAACACCGAUACCAAACACACCACUGGAAUGCCUCCUAAUAGAGUCAGUCCACCCAAAAAGCAUUUAUUCCUAAACCUCUACUGGUAUCCAGCAAGCACAUAUUUUAAUGUACGGUAGUAUAAAGUUUGUCUAUUGCAUUUUUGCCUCAACAACAUUUCAUAGCAAAUAAUUUGAAUUACAUUUUUUGGGCUUGUACAAGCUUUAAAUUGCAGCUACGCUCUGCUGAGGAAAUGUAUUUUUGUAACCCUCGUCAGUACGAGUAAGACUUAGUAAGGUUUAAGUCCGUCUAUUUGGGUGAACUGACCCUUUAACACCAUGAUUUACUGUGCUGCACUCACAGGGACAGGUGCAAGUGUGUACACUGCCCGUACUGUAAUAACUAGGAGCGUGUGUUUGCUUAUAAAUCACUGAUAGAGUGGUGUGUUUUAGGAGCGCGUGACGUGUAGCUCUCAGUUUCAGGCUGUUUAUAUGUCGUAGCUGUUGCCAUGGGGAUGUGUUCCCUGGCUCAGUGUGUGUGUGUGUGUUCUUGUAUAACUCCUUAAUUAGAAAGUGGACAGCUCGUGUCCUCAAUGGCUUCAAAUCCAGUGUUAUAUACCUCCUUUACUGGCACUUACUGUACACAGACACACUCAUACACACACCAGAUUUGUAUUGCUUUGAAAGGGAAAAAGCUAGGGGGCACUGUAAGGUUUUAAGACCUCUUGCUCUACAGCCAUUGUAAAUGUGCCUGACUGUGUUUUAAACUAUAUUAUUAUAACGAUUAUAGUAAUAAUAAGCCAUUAUAGAUAUAUAACGGCUCAGAUUUUUUGAUGUAUUUUCAUGUUGCUGUGCCACUGUGUGGCUCGGGAUAAGGGGGGUAAAUUAUGUUAGGUGCGUGUAUGUUUGUGUGUAUUUCAUCAGCAGAAGAAGACUGAUCCGACAAUCACAAAAAUAUAUGGGAUUAUCUCUGUUGGACACCUCUGAGAUUGAUGUUUCACUGCUGUGUUCUCGCACACACUCGAGAAGAGCCGCUCAACCAGUGAAGACAGUAAAGAACUGUUGAAGGCAACAGGACGACUCUGGUUGAUGACUUUCUCUGGCUCUCUGUAAAAUGACCUGAUGAUCAUAAAUGCAGCAUCGGGCAAGGAAAGAAGCCACACAAGACUCUUACUAAGAAACUGAAUCUCUACUAAAGGAAGUAGAAAGAAGACUUUUACUUUGGUCUCUAUUGUGAGGGAUAAAGAGGACACUUUUACUUUGAUAUACCUCCUCUGUGUAGAGGAGACUUAAGGAUGAGAUGUGUUCAAAUCCUGGUGGUUAUUAUAUUGGCAUGGUUUUAUUUCAGUCAUCCUCUUUCCUUUCAUAUUUUCUUUUUCUUUCUUUCUUUUCUUUCUUUACUUUCUUUCAUUCUGUCUCUCUUUUCCCAUUUUAUUAUUUUUUUUCCUCUUCAUUUUCUUUGCCUUGUCCCAUGUUAUUUCUUGCUUUUUUGUCUGAAGUUUAAAAGUUCAAAUAAAAAAAUUC